AUGCAGGAUUUGAGAGCAGCCGCUGCUUUGCCUGAUGUGAUUCAGCAGCAUCAACAUGCCACUGUUGGGCUUAAAAAGAACGGCAGUGGUCUUGGCGCCGAGCUGCGCCUCUUCAAAUGCCUGACGUGCGGCAAGGACUUCAAGCAAAAAUCCACCCUAUUGCAGCACGAGCGCAUCCACACGGACAGCCGUCCGUACGGCUGCCCGGAAUGCGGCAAGCGCUUCCGACAGCAGUCACACUUGACGCAGCACUUGCGCAUCCACGCUAACGAAAAGCCGUACGCAUGCGUUUACUGCGAGCGCACAUUCCGCCAGCGCGCCAUCCUGAACCAGCACCUGCGCAUCCAUUCCGGUGAGAAGCCCUAUGAGUGCCCGGAGUGCGGCAAACACUUCCGGCAGAAGGCUAUCCUCAACCAGCACGUCCGCACACACCAAGAAUCGAGGCCGUACCCGUGUCCCGAAUGUGGCAAGCGGUUUCGACAGCAGUCCCACCUGACUCAACACCUGCGGAUCCACACGAACGAAAAACCAUAUGGCUGCGUGUACUGCGGAAGGAACUUCAGACAGCGGACGAUACUGAACCAGCACUUAAGGAUACAUACCGGGGAGAAGCCUUACAAAUGUGCGCAAUGCGGGAAAGACUUCAGGUAA